AAUUUAUAUCGUAUUACCAUAUACAAUUAUGCUUACCGCAUCUCCGCAUGUAAUUCUAAGUGUGGCGUAUUUUAGCUAUUUUUAGGUAUAUAGACAAUACUCCCAAAAGAUUAGCACUAUUGUAACCACUGGUUUUGCCGUUGUACGUUAUAAACCACCGACUAAGCGCGGAUCUGCAAUGCCCAUAGAAAAGAAAGGCAUCUGUAUUGAUUAGGUACGCAAAAAACAAAGCCAAGCCUUGAAAAACAGCCACAAUGGAAUAUAUGACGUAUAAAGUGUUAGACGAAACCAUUUGUGGCAUGCAAGUGUGUCAACACCCUGUGUGUUGGGCAACCAACCAGAAGAUAACAAGAGAAAUGAACAAAGCUAAACUGGAUCCGUACUCUGCUAUGAGAAAAAUGAAGACCGUAUCUUCCCGGCCAUCUUCUGCUAAAGAAGAGGAACCAGAUCUUCCAGUUCUCACCAUCCUCAAUCUCCUGGAUGAGUACGGAUAUGAUCCUCGUGAUCGCUUCUCACCAUCCAGGGAGGAUCAAAAGAUGAAGAACAUUCCACCUGAGGGGGUUAGCGCACUGCCCAAACUCACGCUUGAAUCUCUUGCAAGGAAUGCAUCAGAUGACUUCACCCCCGCCCCCGCAAACACCCCAAUGCACAGCGCGCAUGGGUUCGGGGACUCGAGUACUUAUUCUUCCAAUGACCUUGGCUCCCACAUGCGAGGCAAGACGCAACCCCACCCCUCGAGGAAAUGGUGCAACAAGAUUGAUCUUGACUUAUUGCCAGAGUUCGAACCAGUUAAAAGUAAAACAGUGUACGUCUGGGGCCCAAGAAAUGAAAGGCCCACUACUGAAGGGUCACCAACUAUGCAAAGCAAAACAAAAGUCCGCCAUACAUUAUCCCAUGUUAGCUUGCCUAUUGAUAAAGUCCCGAAGAAUAACAGCAUGAAAGCUAUUAAAGGGAGGAAGACCAUCAGCAAACAAAGACGACAAAUUGAAAUGAAGAAUUUUAAAUUCACCCCCGUUGAUGGGAACGACACUAAACUCACAAACGAAACUCCGAGCGAGAUUGAUCAACUUAGAUCUGUUCCCCUGGAUGUUUUAAUCAGAAUAAUGCAGCAAGCCAUUGAAAACAAUUUGCUCACCAGUAAACAAGCUGGGCUCCUACUGCAACAGGUAGUAGGUCCCCAAUACAAGGUCCCACCCCACUUUGUCCAAGACAUCACUAAACAAACCAAAGGAAGCCAAACUGCUUUGUUCGAAACAAGAAACAUGAAGAUAGAAGAAGCCCAAGACGCAAGGAACCGAACCUCACAAGCUUUACCCACAGCAUCACCUGUGUAUCAACUUGAUGGACCUAAGACUCCUAUAGGGAAUUACAAGUCUGUGUCGCGUAACUUACAAUAUUCUAAUAUGCAAAUAUCUGGGGUUUCCCCCCUGAAAUCCCCAUCCAAGCUUGCACCAAUAGAAACAAGAGAACCAGGGUCAAGGGGUCAAGAGGUCAACGUUCAAGAUGCGAAGAAAGGAGUUCCAUGCAUUACUGGAGGUGGUACACAGGAGACCCACCCAGUCAAACCUUUCUAUUACCCAAGGAGUCCAAGAGACAUGUGUUUGCGCCCUCUACCAACCCCACCCCCUCCUAGUCCCUCCACAGAACGAGACUCCCAGUAUGAUGUCAUAAUGGGGGGUUCGACGGUCCUCGUAAACCCAUCUGGACCCCCGACACUUUCAUCCGCUCGAUCAACCGUAAAGAGGAGCAGGGGAGUAAAAUUGAAGAGCGGUGAUGAAUCUGAAUCAAGUAAUGGGGGAGGGAAGAACACUGGAAGGAAUGUCCCAUGGCCACAGGUUGAUGAAACUGACUUCAUGAGUGAUGCAUCAGAACCCAUAGCUGGCAACACUGCUCCACAACAACAACAACAUGUUUUAUCCCCACUAACUGAAAUACCGGUUUCAAAACCAGCUUCAUCCAGAUCUAGCCGGUCCCAUCAGGCUUCGCAGGUUGAUAAACUGGAUCAGCAUCGAGCCCUCUACUCCCCUGCCCCCCCGCCCCCUUCUCCUGAGGUCCCUCCAUUACACCUGCGUGAUGUCAUCGAAGGGGAAUCCCCCACACCGGAACCAAGGGUUGACAUCACUAGGGUUGCUACCGGCAACCGAGCGGAAGAUCUCGUUAUUUCUGGGACGACAAUUCCCGGUGUUCUUAAGUCUUCUUCAGAGCAAAAAAGAAACAAAUAAAAAAUGAAAAUAUUUUA